GACGUCACAUCCGGUGUGGUUUGUGUUGGUUCGGCGGUGCUGUUCUCCUCGUUGCUCCUGUGGUGAAUAGCCGGGAUGUCUCAGCGGGAAUGGAGCGUAGUGGAGGAUGUGCAGAAACACUCUGUCCACACGCUGGUGUUCCGAUCUCUGAAGAGGACCCAUGACAUGUUUGUGGCUGACAAUGCUAAAAGCGUGUCUUUAGAUGAAGAAGGUCACAAGCUAAAGAUGUCUGUGAAAUUACGGACUGAAUACGGCCCUGUACUACACAUGCCCAAACCUAAAGAAACCCGUGAUAAGGCCCAGCUUGCCAUUGGUGAUUCAUAUGAGCACUAUACCACUAAUCAAGGUCUUGAGUCUGAAUACAUGAUAACUGGAACACACCCAUAUCCAUCAGGCCCAGGUCUUGCUUUGACAGCUGAUACUCAGAUCCAGAGGAUGCCCAGUGAAUCAGCUGCACAGUCUUUGGCAUUGGCACUCCCACCUUCACAGUCAAGGUUAGAUGCACAACGCACAGCUGCUAGUGUUGGAGAUAUCUACAGACAAGCUGGCAUUCCAGAGCGCUCACAGCCCCCUGGCUUAUCAAUGGCUUCCAUGGAAUCUGGUGGAAUGAAAAACUCUGCAUUAAUGGCAAAGAAGGCACCAACCAUGCCAAAACCACAGUGGCAUCCACCGUGGAAGCUGUACAGAGUCAUUAGUGGUCACUUAGGAUGGGUGCGGUCCAUAGCCGUUGAACCUGGGAACCAAUGGUUUGUCACAGGCUCAGCAGACCGGACAAUUAAGAUUUGGGAUCUGGCAAGCGGUAAAUUAAAGCUGUCCUUAACUGGACACAUAAGCACUGUCCGGGGAGUGAUUGUGAGCACCAGAAGUCCAUAUUUGUUUUCUUGCGGUGAGGACAAGCAGGUGAAAUGCUGGGACCUGGAAUACAAUAAGGUCAUAAGACAUUACCACGGUCACCUCAGUGCAGUGUAUGGUUUAGAUUUGCAUCCCACCAUUGAUGUGCUUGUGACUUGUAGCCGAGACUCCACAACCCGUAUCUGGGACAUAAGAACAAAAGCUGGGGUUCACACCCUUAUUGGACACACAAAUGCUGUAGCAACUGUAAGGUGUCAGGCUGCAGAACCACAGAUCAUCACAGGAAGCCACGAUACCACCAUUCGGCUUUGGGAUAUGGUGGCUGGAAAGACUCGUGUCACAUUGACAAACCAUAAGAAGUCCGUCAGAGCUGUUGUAUUGCAUCCACGGCAGUACACAUUUGCAUCUGGGUCACCGGAUAAUAUUAAACAGUGGAAAUUCCCUGAUGGAAACUUCAUCCAAAACCUUUCUGGCCACAAUGCUAUAAUCAACACUUUGGCUGUGAACUCUGAUGGUGUGCUGGUGUCAGGAGCUGAUAAUGGAACAAUGCACUUAUGGGACUGGAGGACGGGUUAUAAUUUCCAAAGAAUUCACGCUGCUGUCCAGCCAGGCUCUCUAGACAGUGAAUCUGGUAUAUUUGCAUGUACAUUUGACCAGUCAGAGGGCCGAUUGAUCACUGCCGAAGCUGACAAAACUAUUAAAGUCUACAGAGAGGAUGACACUGCGACUGAAGAAACUCAUCCAAUGAGCUGGAAACCUGAAAUUAUCAAAAGGAAAAGAUUUUAAUAGGCUGCAUCUGGGG